CUUUACAAGAAAAUUAGACAGAUUUAUGGACGAGGAUGAUAGGUGGAUAUAGGUAGACAUGAUUCAUACAGGAACUACCACGUGAUGGCUUCUUCCAGCUUCCCCCUUUUUUUUUCCAUUGUUCUUAUGUUCUUAUUGUUCGAGUACCAGACGAUCUGGGCCUGCGUUUUCCUCUUCCCUACAUUCUCACACCCGUCGGCCACUUGUGUGUCUUUCAGGUACAGAGUCCACAGAACCCUUCCGAUGCUAGCUUUUGACAAGGAUAUGGAAGAAAAACUGAGGACGUACAAAAAGUUUAUGGUGGUACGUCACCCAUUCGAACGGAUCCUGUCGGCCUACAGGGACAAGCUGGAGGACUGGGAGCCUCAUGAUAGCGUUUUCCCCAAAAUGGUCAAGAAGAAAUUACAGAAAUACAGUGUGUGUGUGUGUGUGUGUGUGUGUGUGUGCAUCUCAUACCUAUCAUUCCUCAGAGAUAACCCAAACAAGAAGGAGGGAGACAACAUCACCUUCACGGAGUACAUUCGCUUCAUCUCGCAGCCGGGACGCGGUACUCCGGAACAGCGAAACGAACACUGGUUGCCGAUGCACGAAAUAUGCCACCCUUGCGCCAUACAGUACGACUUUAUUGGCAAGUAUGAAAACCUGAAGGAGGAUUCGGAGUAUCUGCUGAAGUGGCUCGGGGUGACAGACCUGAUGGACACAUUUCCUGCAGCAGCCAGACCCUUCCACGCCAGCCGCUACGACCCCAAGUAUUUCGGGCAGCUCAGCCACGACGAAAUCAUGGCCUUCCACGCCAAAUACUUGCCAGACUUCAUGUUAUUCAACUAUGGGUUUGUGUGACGUUGGAAACCAUUACUAAUCUUUUAUGUAGCUGUGAGGUGACACUGGUGCUGCAGGUCACUGGCAGGUCUGUGGUGACCUGCUGAGUGUCCUCGUUGUUAAGAGGUUCUCUGAUGUAAAUUAUGGUCCAGCUCGUCAGGACAC